UUAUGUUUUUUCAAAAAUUAUACAAAUAAUAUAUCGUGACACAGAAACUCGUAUACCCUAUUCACAAUGCUUACCUUAUAAAACAGUAGACACUACACUGGAAAACCACUUUCAAAUAGUCCAAAAUCUCAAUAAAAAAAUAGUAAUGUUAAUGAAAAUUAAAUAUCAACUGAGAUUGUCAAUUUAUACAAUCGUCGCGUCGCAUCGUCGCCGUCGGUAGCGUUUACCGUGGGGUAGACAAGGAGUGAAAUUCUGUACUAGUCAACGACAAUUUUCGGUAUCGGUCAAACGUCGACCGACCGAAAUCCUUAUAUUGCAAUUCCGGACUUUACGCGGCCUACCGAAAUCGGUGAAACAGAGCGGAAACAAUCGUUCCUCGACCGACAGCUUCCAUGACCGUCGAACGUGUCGAACGACUGUUAUUAAAUUGUUUGAAAUUAAAUGUGUUUGGAUGUGAUUAAGAAAAAUUUUAGCGAUUUUUCUACCACAUCAUAGAUUUUGAAGUAAGAGAAAACAAAAGUACAUAUUAUACAUACGAAGUUUUGAUUUGAAAAAUGGAGUAUCUUGCCUAUGAUUUACUACAUUUGGAAAGAAGAGUAAGAAUAAUGGAACGCCGACUAGAACGAAGGGCUCUAAGAGAUGUCAUGGAACCUUUGGAACUUCCAGAUGAUGAAUUUAUAAAUUUGUACCGUAUUUCUCCUGAUAUGGCCACAGAUUUGAUACAAGCUCUUCGCCCUCACUUGGCACGUCAACGUCCUUAUGGAUUAUCCGUAGAAAAACAGGUUCUAAUAGCUUUGCGGUUUUAUGCUACCGGAAGUUAUCAAAAUCCGGUAGGAAAUCAAGAAGGAUUAACUAUGAGUCAACCAUCUGUGAGUCGAUGUGUACAUGCUGUCACUGACUCUAUAAACAAUGUCUUUUUGAGAAGAAAAAUACGGUUUCCGCUAACUGCAGAGGAAAGGAAUGCUGCACGAUUGAAAUUUGCAAACGCGAUGCAACCGUUUUAUGGAGCGAUCGGUGCGGUGGAUUGCACUCAUGUAUCUAUUCGGGGACCAAGUGACCACGAAGAAGCCUACGUGAACCGUUACGGAUAUCACUCUCUGAAUGUUCAAGUGGUAUGUAACCCAGAUUAUAAAAUAUUAAAUAUUAAUGCUCGCUUUCCUAGUGCACGUCACGAUGCCUACAUUUGGUCGAACUCUCCAGUACGAAGUUGUAUGGAACGUAAUUUUGAAAGAGGAGAAAGGCAAACGUGGCUGAUAGGUAAAUACAUGUUUUUUUUUAAGUUUUGUGAAUAACCGCAUCUUUUCAUAGGAGAUGAAGGCUAUCCAUUAGAAC